AUGGAGAUUAACAUCCAGAUCAAGAAUGCGCAGCCCGAAGACUUACUGCAGGCGUUUGCAGCAUUAAGUGGAGGAGCAGCAUCCUCAACGACAGCGGAUACCGAGCAGAGUGCAGUUGGAUCUGGUGCCAAGGCAAAGCGAAAAGCUCAGCCAUUCUCGGCGAGAAGCCCCGCCUAUGCCAAAGCCGUCAUCUUCGUCGGGAUUGCCCGCGCUACCACCGGUGCCAUUACAAACAACGGCAAGCGCAAGACCCGCCAGACCGCUGCUGGUGAAAAAGAGAGCCAUGGACUCCAGAUCUCCAAGACGCAGUCCCUCACGAAGGACAACAUCCAGAUCGUACGCUCCCAGGACAACAUCCAGAUCUCAUUCCCCCAGGACAACGCAGAGAUCCAGGGCAUCGGGCAGUUCAAGGUCAACUGGAAGGACAUUGAGAUUCCACAGUUUCCCAUACACGAUUCCACCAAGCAGUACGUGGAUGCACUUUGCGCUGCAGCGGAGUUCAGGAUCGACCAGGGAGUUCUCUUGGAGCAUGACCUCACGUGGGACAGAGGAGGCGACCCAACUCCAGAGACAAUGAGAAGAUUCUAUUUCUUGCAAUCUUCAGACCUCACCCUGCAAAAUCCUCCUCUACCAACUCGGCAAGAAAAGAUCCUAUUCUGGUCGCAUGCAACAGAUGUGGGAGCGUUAUUCAACAUGUUGAAAGAGCGAAAUAUGCGUCCGAUGAACGCGCAUGGAGUGGCAGCCUUUGGAUGCAACAUCUUCUAUGCCCUCGGCCACGAGAUGUCCGGAUCAGACAUCGACGAGCACAACCUGACCAGGGUGAUCUUCAACACCACACGGAGCGCCAAGAACCUGGCAGGCAUCGUCGUGGGAGGCCGUGCAUGGGGAUCCCUACGCAAGCAUCUUGGCGGAUCCUAUGAAACAGCUCGGGCAGCCACUGAAGAGGACGAGGUGCUCAAGGAUGCGAAUGCAAAAGCUUAUUGCACGGUGCCCCAAUUGUUAGAUACCCCCAUACGCAAUGGCGAAUGCAUGGACCGGAUAUUGGUCUCAGGGAGCAUCGAAUAUGCCGUGGUGGGCGUCAGGCAGCGGGAGCGCGUCGAGCACACCAACUCCGGCACCCUUGCCAGCGACAACACCGUUGCCGUCGUGGCCACCUAUGCCUCCGCCCGCAUCCAGCCCGGCUACACAACCUUUGCCGCCGCCGCCGCCACCGUGCAACACACAGCCGGAGCCAGCCAAUGCAACAAGUACACCGACGACAUCGGCAACCACGGACUUGCAGGCAUGGACGUCCGUGAUGUCACCGUUGCGCAUCUUUGCAGGCAUGGCAUGGAGGAAUUUGGACUUCGAGGACUUUCCCACGGCAAGUUCACCGGCAUGAUUCUGACCCGCAACAUCGCCGAGAGCGUCCUCCUCUCCCAGCUCCAGAAGAAGCUCCGCGAGAACAACAUCGACGUGGAUGCCACCAUCGACGCCAUCCACCAAAGCAAAGGACAAAAAGCCCCUGACAAGGUGAAAGAGGCCAUCACCUUUGUUGCACCCCUCGUCGACACCAUCAUGGAUGCCAUCAAACCUUGGGCACAGGUGCGCAACUACGGCGCCAAGAACACCGAGGGCGACAACCAAGCAGCACAACGCAUGCAAGCUUUGGAAGAGCAGACCGCCAAGUACAAACAACGCCUACGCAGUGCCGGCAUCGACGUCACCCCCCAAAAGUCCCUCCCACUGCAAAAUGAGCCAAAUGAAGGCCCAGAAGCAACGGCGGCACCACCAAAGCGCAGACGCCUCACAAAGGGAGCCAUCAAGCAACGCAACGAGGAUAUCCUCGCCGAGCCCCACAAUGUGAUCCGUGCCAGUGGACAAGAGCCUCCGACAAGUAUGACAUCAAUUGCAACUUGGAUCACCAACCUCAAGAAGAGUCUCCCCCGAGAAAAGCAUGCGGAAGUGGAUAAUCACAUACAGUCCGUACAGACCAUCCUCGAAGGCGCCAAAUACACCAAGGCCGAGCUACAGGAGAUGGCUACGAGAUGGGGACUUCCCAUGCUCAACAAGCAAACCUAUGCGACUGCUACCAGGGACGCAUCAUUUUGCUACAUCGGAUCCACCAACAUCACGGUGGCCAAGAGAGAGUACAACAGAGUCGCAAAACUUCGUCAACUACAACAACUCAAACUUCCCAAAACCGAGAUCGCCAUUCGUUAUUGGAACGAUUCCCAGACCUACCAGCACUACAGCACCAUCCUCCUUUCGCAGCACUCGGAGUAUAUUGACGCCUGGGCCGAAGAACACAGCCUGAUUCAGAGAUGGCAGCCCAAGCUGAACUACCCGUUUGUCACGAAGGAGCUGGUCAAGAAGGCGCAUGGAUUGGCGCAAUUCUGGAAGCUCUUGUACGCUAUCUCAAGCGAUACCAAGCAAGAAUUUGAGGCCUCCAAGGAGCUACGCAGUGGCAAACAUGACUCCGAAACAGUUACCCUGCUCUACAGACUCGCCAACCACAUGGAGCAACCAUGGAGAUCAAAAGCACGAGCCAGACUACGAAAAGUCCUGCAGUUCAAGAACGCAUCGAUCCCAAAGCACAACAAGCCCCUGAAAGUCCCUCUACUUGCACAUGCGUCGCACCGCACUAACCUCGAAAAGUACCUGGUACGACUCAGCAGGACACACAGACAUGUGCUUAUACCAUAUCAUCUACCAACCAAGACGGUCCAGGAGGCAACGCACCCCUCUCUCGAGCGAGCUCUUUGGAACCACAAGCGGAAAGUCACCGAUAUGGGCAGACACUGGAAGCCUACAGAAUGUCAGUGUGCCCAAUUCAUCAAGCAACAUCCGCGAGCACAAGUACACGAAGGACAUGUGGUGACGGGCUUAGAAACCUUACAACUACACAGCACAAACCAGAUCUUUCAGAACAUUGGGGCCGGGAACGCCUUCUACUCCUCCAAGAAGCGUAUCAAGAAGCAGCACCAAGAACAAUUUCAACGAUGGCUCAAGCACCACCAAUUUCCUCGAGAUCAACGCAUCCUCGACGACUUUGACGACUUCUUCGAGCAGGAGUGGAAGCAACACAGACUACAACUUCAACGAGAGCCACGACUCACGCACAGAUUAGCAAAGAACAUAUUGGGCAUGAUCCCUGAUGACUACAUUGUGCACAACGAGGACCACGCCAACGCGCACCUCAUGAUCUACUGCCCGAACAUCUACAACCAAGCAGCCUACAACACUUGGAUGGACAAACAAACAUUCAGAAUGCUAGAUGCCGACCCUGCCGAGAUCAAGCAGGCCAUGAAAAACAACACCCCCAAGAUCGUCGCCAAGCACUACGCCAAGCUCCUUGACUACGAAAAGCCCCUUCCGUAUGGAUAUAUCCUCAUGAAACGGAAAAAGAGGUGGGCAAAAGGGAGGACUAUUAUCGCGUAUAGCAAUACGUGCAUCGGCAAACUGCUGAAGAUCGCGGCGCUAGCAUUACACCAGAUGUUGAGGAUAACAUGGCCCAACCAUUUUGGCGACGUCAGCUCGCCACAACUAUGGGAGGAAAUACACCAACUCUUCUACAACAACGAGCACCUGUACCCGGAGAGGCACUUGAAAUUUCUCAACCACGAUCUGGUCGGCUUCUUUAAUUCGAUACCACAAUCCGACAUCCUGCAGAGCAUCCAAUUCCUCACAUCUCAGUUCCUUGACGAGCAUAACGCCACCAUCACCGUCGAUCCGCACAACAAGAUCGCACCAGCGCAUUCAGGCCGCUCAACGCACAGCCUGAAGUCCAACAUGGUCAAGAUGCAGGCAGAGCACAUACCAGCCAUCAUUCAGUUCAGCUUCGACGCGUGUGCUUUCACAGCCAUUGGCGAAGUAUUCCAACAGACAUGCGGCACGUCGAUGGGAAACCAAAUCAGCCCCAUCCUCUCCACGUGCGCAAUCGUGGCAACAGAAAUCACAUGGCUACGGAUGUACGGUCAAUUUGUCAGCAGCGCCCACCUCCACGACAAGUUCUGGAUCCGCAGGUACGUCGACAACAGAGCCAUUAUAGUCGAUGAAGACGAACUUCAGCACAACCCCUUCAUUCAGCAGCUUGCGUCCCUGCACUUCUACAAGAAACCAGUACAACUUGAAGACGAAGCGUGUGACGAUUUUCUGGGAUUUCGCAUUCACGCAGACAAUCGCAAAAUCACGUACAAUCUCCAUCGCGAGCCUUGGAGAUACAGACUCCCUCAGUCAGCCGGAACUACAAAGUUACGCCUCAGCGGAUAUCACAGCAGAAAGCAUCUCAUCCGCACCAUUGCCUACCCGGAAGAUGUAGCCCAGAGACAAAUUCAAGAACUGGACGACCUCUACGGUGACUUGGGAUAUGCGCGCCUUCUGAAAACUCAACAGAGCCAGAGACCUGUAGGCAGUAGCUGGUGCAACGUCUUAGCCCUUUUGCUUUGGUUCUUUCAGCCCUUUCAACACUUUUCUUCAGUUUUUUGGUUCAAGCCUUGCGUUGGUACGACUUAG